CCCAUUGCGGGAUUUACGGAUGCUUCAUUUCUUGCGAAACAAAACUUUUUCUUUUUUUGUGCGACUUUGAUCAUGGCAUUAGACGAAACAACUCCUGUUACAGUGACAGAAGAUGAUGAUUCCACGACAGCUCAACCUUUGCAUCCAGUCACGCACUGGGAGCAAUUGAAUGAAGAAGUGGAGGCGCAGGAUAAUGAUGCCGACUCUCUCAUCUCCGACCCCGCCGAGUCGACAGCGUCAAUGACUUCGAGCAUUUUGUCGUACCGAACCAUUCAAGGACGAACGUUUCACUCAGAAAGAGGAAACGCUCAAUACUGGGCUUCCAAUGAUGAACAGCAGAAUGAGUCGAUGGAUAUAGUACAUCAUUUCCUCAGCCUUCUGCUUGAUGAUAAACUAUUUCUAUCGCCUUUGAAGGAUAAUAUACAGUCAGCUCUGGAUAUUGGAACCGGAACAGGUAUCUGGGCUAUUGACUUCGCCGACCAAUUCCCAGGCGCAAAAGUCGUAGGUACCGAUAUCUCACCUAUCCAGCCGUCAUGGGUUCCACCGAACCUCGAAUUCCACAUCGACGAUUGUACGCAGCCAUGGACAUUCGCUCCAGAUUCCAUCGACUUUGUUCACAUGCGCUAUCUGUUUGGCAGCAUCAAAGACUGGUCAGCCUUAUUUAAAGAAGCGUUCCGGACAUGUAGACCCGGCGGCUGGGUCGAAAGUCACGAGGCUUCAGCAAUGAUGGAGAGCGACGAUGGAACCGUCACAGAUACCAGCGCUAUGCAUGAAUGGGGAAGAUUCUUUAUCGAGGGGGGGAAGAAGAUGGGACAACCAUGUACCAUAAUCGAAGAUGACCUUCAGCAAAAGUGCAUGCGCGAGGCUGGCUUUGAGGAUAUUCAAGUCGCUGAUUACAAGAUUGCUAUCGGUGGGUGGCCUAAAGAUAAGAAGAUGAGAGAGAUUGGUCAGUAUGUUCUAGCCGCUCUGGAGCAAGACUUUGAAGGCUACGUCUUGUACAUGGCGAGCCAGCUCUUGGGCUGGUCUAUGCAGGAAGUCAAGGUAUACUGCGCGCAGCUGCGCCGUGAGCUUAGAUCGACUGCGAACCAUCCUUUCUUUCGUUACCGCGCGGUUUAUGGUCGAAAGCCACAGACUUCUUGAAUCGGGUUUAGAUAUCAGCAUUCAUUUAAUACGAUAUCUCUUCACUUAUUCA